AUCGGAUGAUCACUCCAACAAAUCACAACAGACAAGAAGGGACGUGUUGUGCAUUUCAAAACUCAACCUGACGAUGGCCACGCAGUGGUGUGGGAUCAAUAUGGUGUUGUUUUCACGCGACUUUAUCCGUUUGGUGGCAUCGUACCAGACUGGCAUGGCUGGCGCUGUACUGUCAUGCUUCCUCUGGUCGAGCUGGCCGGGCCUCGAAUGACUUCAACUUCGCGGUGGUGCUGCAUCGACUUGAAUUGGCCCACGUCGUUUCGGCAGCUCGUGGAGACCAACCACAAGAUUUGGACGGCGUGGUGGCGCCAGGAGUCGGUGGAAGUCGGGCUGCCUCACGUCUUUGCCACGUUGCGCACACCAAGCGGCUCGUCCUCUUGGACGCCAUUUGCUUUCCGAACGCGCUACUGUUGAAGCACCUGGAGCUCCCAAUGUACGCGAUUGCCACGACCUUCCAUUAAAACUUCGUCGACAUUGCAGUACGCGUCAAUAAUUUCGACGCGUUGAAAUGACUGCACCGACUCGACCAUGCAGGUUGCUCGACCGACGCGAUAGACUUUGCAGCCGGCCAUGGCCAUUUGGAAAUGGUUGUGUUUCUCCAUCAAGCCCGACGUGAACGCUACGUGGCCAAGUACUUGUGGACCCAAGGAUUGGUUGAUGUCCAAAUGACGUCCGAUCCGCGGCUGAAGCAAGAAUGUGCCCGGUAUGGACAGCUGAGGUCGAUGGAGUUUAUAUACGCCCGGGGGGGUCGUGGUUUUCGAGGUGCUAUGGACGUGGCCGCUUCGCACGGGUACCUGGAGGUCGUACAGUGGCUGCAUGGUCUUGGUGGCGUCGCCAGUUGUACGGUGCACGCAAUGGACUGGGCAGCGUAGAAUGGCCAUUUGGAAGUUAUCCAAUGGCUCCAUCGCCAUCAGCACGAAGGAUGCACCUCCAGCUGCUUGGAAAUGGCUUCCAUGCGUGACCAUUUAGCGAUCGUCCAAUUUCUACUUCAAGUGUACGAAUUCAGAGACCAUUUGGUCGGUCGAGAGUUGGAUGUGGCGGCGACACAUGGACAUUUGGCUGUGGUGCAAUAUUUGCACGUUCUGGACACAGCCCACAUAACCGUCGCAGCGAUGGACGGUGCCGCCGGCCGUGGCCACUUGGAUAUGGUGUGAUGGCUGAGCCAAAACCGCACGGAAGGCUGCUCGCACAAAGCCAUCGACUUGACGGCAAAACACAACCACAUGGACGUUGUCCAAUGGCUAUUGUAAGAUCACCAGCCCCAGUGGUUGGACCAGUGGUUUCGGCUACGGUUGCAAGGUCAUUGUACGACCGACGCCAUGGACGGAGCGGCCACCAAUGGCCAUUUGGAAAUGGUGCAGUAUCUCCACCUCCACCGACGGCGGGGUGCACCUCAUCUACCGUGGACAAGACCAUUGAACUCAACCGCGUACGUGUAGCGCAGUGGCUCGUGGAUCCCCAGCUCGUCCAAAACUAUAAUAGCCGCCACUCCAUGUUUGCCGCGGCUGCCAACGGCAAUUUGAAAGCCCUUGAGUGGCUCAUGUCAAAGCACCGCCCAUCCGUCGAAGAUUUUACGGCCAUGUACUACAUGGCCUCUCGCAUGGGAUAUGUCGAUGUCGUUGCAUACCUCCAGCAAUUGCAGCCCGAGGUUCAAGUGGACGUGAUCUCCCUAGACUUUGCGGCGGCAAUUGGGCACUUGAGCAUGGUUUAAUGGCUCUUGACGCAUCGCUCCGCUGCCGGUUGUGUGGUGCGGUGCGAUUACAGGAGGCCACGACACCAUUCCUCGCAUUCUUCGCAUGGCUCGUGGAGGUACAUUGUGUGCAGCUUGUCGAGGGCAUCACAAUGAGUAGUGUGGCCGCCACCAAUGCGGUUGCGUAGUCGCGACCCGUGAAGGCAGAAAAAACCACGACGGAAUGUUCAGUUUCCGAGUUGACUGGCAACACCUUUGAUUUGUGACUAUGAGAUGUAAAAAUAGACGAGUGGGUGGUGAUUCUUCA